CCUCGCUUCGGUUCGUUCGUGGUUCGGUAGGUGUCGCAGCGAGGGGAACCCUAGAGAAGGGAGGGGCACAGCCGGUGGAUCGUUCCGGGAGUGAGUUUCGUUCACCCGAUCUCUGUUUGGCUUGCGAUUCCGGCCGCAUUCCUUGUCCUCUGGCUUUUCUCGUGUGGAGAGGUUGGGAAAAUAGUUCGGUCUUUUUGGGACGAAUCGAGAGCUCAAUCUGGAGGUGGUGGUCGAUAUUUGCUGGAGUUUCGGGAUCUAAGGUUGCUGAAUUGCCUUUGGAUUACCUUGUCAGCUUUUGAGUUUUAAUCCAUUGUUCUGUCUCGUGAAUCCUCGGGAAGAUCAGGUCUUUUGGCGGGCGUUGGAGGGUGCAGGCCAUUCGUUGGUGCUGCCUGUGACAGGCCUAAAGGCAUUGAGAAGUUUCCGGUGGUUUAGGCGAUCAUUUCAUUCUCUUGUUGGGUCUUCAUAUUUUACAUGAUCGAUAGCUAUUUGGAAAGGUGUAGCAGUUCGAAGGGUAUCUUGAUUAGGGUGCUGAAUCUCGAUUGCUAGUCGAUUAGAGGCCUCUGAGGGCCCGUAAUUUUGGGGCGCAAACCUAAACUUGGAAGAUGUGGAAGACGAGGGGUAAAACAGAUGAAGAGGAGGUGGAUUACUUCCAUUCAACCCCAAUAAAGCGCUGGUCGAUCGGGCUGGUGAAAUUUGUGUCUUUUCUGGUUACGCUAAUGGCAGGGGUUGUGUUGGGCCUGUCCUUGAGCACCAACUUUUCUCGGUACUACAACUUACAGACCGAGCUUUUCUUCCCUAGGACAAUGUACAUGGCAAAUUGUGACAAGGACUGUUUGAGCAUGAAGAGCUUUCUAGGGCCGACACAUUUGAUGCACGGUAUGACUGAUGAGGAGCUCUUUUGGCGGGCAUCGUUGGUACCCAAGAUGGAAGAGUAUCCAUUCGAGAGGGUACCCAAGGUGGCCUUCUUGUUCUUGACAAGAGGACCUUUACCAUUCAAGCCGCUUUGGGAGAGGUUCUUUAUGGGCCACAAAGGGUUAUAUUCGAUAUACAUUCACUCGAUUCCAGAUUAUAAGCUCAAUGUCACGGAGGAUUCUGUGUUUUACAGUCGGCAGAUCCCGAGCGAGGAGGUUUUUUGGGGAUCUAUAACAUUGGUUGAUGCUGAGAAGCGUCUCUUGGCGAAUGCUUUGCUGGAUUUCUCCAAUGAACGCUUUGUUCUGCUCUCCGAAAGCUGCGUACCGGUGUAUAAUUUUCCCUCCGUCUAUGAGUACCUCAUUAACUCGGCCCACAGCUUUGUCGAGUCCUAUGAUGAGGAUUCACCACAAGGUCGUGGUCGAUACAGUCAGAACAUGGCUCCAGAGAUCCAGGAAUAUCAAUGGAUGAAAGGCUCGGAGUGGUUUGAGCUCAACCGAGAGUUGGCAGUAAAUAUAGUGGCGGAUUACAAGUACUACUCCAUCUUCAGGAAAUACUGCAAGCCUUCAUGCUAUCCUGAUGAGCACUACAUCCCGACUUACUUGAACAUGUUCCAUGGGGCUUUGAAUGCAAACCGUAGUGUGACAUGGGUCGACUGGUCGAGGGGAGGGCCUCAUCCGGCAAGAUACGGUGAUCCAAAUAUUACGGUGGGUUUCAUCCAGGCUAUAAGAAAUAAUGCGACAUUCUGCAUGUACAACUCGAGGCCAACACCCAUUUGCUUUCUCUUUGCAAGAAAAUUUGCUCCUAGUGCCUUGGUACCCCUUCUCGACAUGGCGUCGACAGUAAUGGGCUUCUGAUGUCUCCUUUCUUGUUGGCUAUCGACGCUCCAUGACAUUCUUGCCUUCUCUAAGAUUGGAUUCAAGGAGGGCUUAUGCAUGUGAUGGCAAUGUAUACUGAAACUCUGCGGCCUUUCUGAGUGUCUCAGAGAAAGCCAUCAGCUGGACUCGUUUCCUUAUCCAUCCUCUUUUUCUUCCUGAGGUUUUGAUAAUAGUUCUCUACAUGGACUUGUUCAGAUACUGAUUCUGUGAAUACCAAUUCAUCAUUGAUAUUUCAUUUUUUA